AUGGGAGGGGGAGAUCUCAACAUGAAGAAGAGUUGGCAUCCGCUCUUACAAGUCAACCAAGAGCGAGUAUGGAAGGAGGAGAAGAAAGCGCUCGAGGAGCGCAAGAUGCUCUCUCAGCUUGCCAAAGAGCGUGCCGAAGAACGAGCUCUGGCCGAACUACAACAGCUGAACGGCAAGAGGGAGGAAAGGGUCGAAUGGCUUUAUGCUACGCCUAGCACAGGCGAGGGAGGCAACAAGGAAGAGCUGGAGGCCUACUUGCUCGGAAAGAAGAACGUCGUCGAUCUCUUCAAAGCGCAAGAUCAGAAAAAGUUGGAGGCGAUGAAAGCUGCUGGAUCGGGCCCUGCUUCCUUCCAAGCUGUCAACUCGACCGCCAACAGUCAGCGAGACAUGGCUGCAAAGAUCAGGGAGGAUCCCCUGCUGGCCAUCAAGAAGCAAGAACAAGCAGCCUAUCAGGAGCUGCUCAAAGAUCCUGCCAGACUACGUGCAAUUAGGGAAGCUCAAGGCGGUGAAAAGUCAUCGAAGAAGCACGGUCAUGAGACGAGAGAGGAGAAGGAAGCCAGACGAGCGGAGAAGCGUGCACGCAAGGAGGAAAGGCAUAGCUCGUCCCAUCGUCAUCGGGACGAGUACGACCGUCGACGGUCAGACGACAGACGCUACGAUGACGAUCGAUCUCGCGAACGUGAGCGCGAACGAGAAGACAGAUACUCUCGACCUCGUGGCUCGUACAGACCCAGAUCGCGCUCGCCCUCUCCGCGCCGACCCCGUCGUUCACCCUCGCCCGAAAGAGAAAGAGACAGCACGCGUUCGAGCGAGUACCAAGACCGUCAAAUCAAGUCUGAGCCACGCGAAGAGCGUCGCACCUUCAAGUCUGAACCGCGUACGCCUGCAAUGUCAGCUGCAGAGCGAGAUGAAGCCGCUGCUCGAGCAAAGGAGGAUGCAGCGAGACGGCUGGCAGCCAUGCAAUCUUCUGCACACUCUAUCGCGGCUUCCCGCUCGACUCGACUGGCCGAGACGGAGAAGAUCGACAAAGCUAUGCUCGAGCGAGAAGAAGCACUGCGCCGCAAAGCAGCUUUGGGCAAGCAAGGCAAAGGCGACGGAGGCGUUGGUCCUGCAUUCAUUCGCGACCAGCAAAAGAUCGUCUACGGCGGACAAUCGCUUGCUCAGUCUAUGCACGGCCGUCAGGGUAUCAGAGUCGAACGAGACUGA